CCUUGUUCUCCGACUAGAGUGCAGUCCUUCGCCAGGCACGCUCAGACAGGGGUAGAGAAAGUCGCGCCAAUCCUCCAUCGUCAACAUCACCUCGGACUCGUAUUCCAUCAUCAGGCAUGACUGCCGAAAACUUCCUUCCACCUCUCGGAUGUAUCAGAAAUGUCAGAGCCGAGUCCUGCUAGUCAAGCCCCAGCCAAACGACCAAGGCCGGUCAUCUCCUGCCUGGAGUGCAGACGGAAAAAGCUGCGUUGUUCUCGUUCGCAUCCCUGCCAGCAAUGUGUCAAGAUUGGACGCCCCGGCAAAUGCGAAUACCAGGUCGGUCAAGAACCCGAGCCAAACAUCGAGUAUUCAGCGGCCCUGAGCGCACCGAACAAGCGGCAGCGCCUCGAACCCCCUGCUAUCAUUGAAGGAGGUGGAAGUGACCUGGCGCGGAAUGCUCUGUCCGACCAAGGUCCUCCCCCGGUGAGCCACGGUAUUAUCGAGGAUCUCCAGGACAGGGUGUCCAGGCUGGAGAGGGCUUUGCUGGCUCAAAGCACCGGGCGCAAUGGCGAGCCAGCUAUCAGUCAAAGUUCACCAAUCCGUCCUUCCGCAGACGACUUUGUUUGCCCUGAAAAGCCCUUGAACAGGCUCACUCAGAUGAGCUCGCAGUUCAACGAUGCUUGUGCGUUCAUGGUCAAGCUGCAGAAUGAUGCAACUACUCCUAAGAUGAUGGCGCUGCGAAGAAGAUUGAAAGACUUGAACUACUCUGCUGAGAAGAAUCACACCGCACAACAUUCACGGCCUCCACCAGCGUCCUCCAUCGGCCGGUCCCCUCUACAGCUGCCGCCGUUCGAUGUGUGCGAAAAGCUAGCGAUCCUCUACUUCGACAACAUGGAACAUUGUUUUCGAAUCCUGCAUUUCCCCGAAUUCAGAGAUCAGCUACGCGUCUACUUUUCAGAGGGCGAGCACGCUUGCAGGUUUGGUUUUGUUCCGCAGCUGGUCGGUGUCCUGGCAGUCGCCGUCAUCCUUGGUACUCAUGGAGAAUGCGAAGCAGCUCGAUCAUGCAUGGCCAUCAAGCCUGACGAUGCAUUGCAAUUCAUGAAGAAUUUCCUUCGAGACCUACAGAACACUGAGAGAUACCGCUUGCCAGCUCUGCAGGUCAAAAUGCUUCUUCUCAUUUGCGGCUGGCUGAACUUGGAUCCAAUGGAUGAUCUUUUUCGACUGAAUGGUGAGCUUCUCCGCGAUGCCUUGGUCAUGAAGAUGGACCAAGACCCCAUGACUCUGCCGGGGAUCAGCGUGUUCGAAGGAGAACUGCGGCGGCGCAACUGGAUGACUAUUGUUGAAUGCGACCUCAUGCUGUCAAUCCUGUGCAAGAUGCCCUGCUUGGUCCCGUCGUACACUUCCAAGCCCCCCAGGAAUGUCAACGAUGAAGAAAUAUUCGAGGGCAUGCGGAGACUACCUCCAUCGCGACCUACGAAGGAUUGGACUGAUGGUCUGUGCCAAUAUCUCCUCGCCCAGUCAUUUCCACGCCGGGUCGCAGCUUGCAAGCAAAUCGACGAUGCGGCCCAUAUCAAGACUGAAGACGUCCUCCAGCACACUCGCUACCUGGAAAAAGUGCUGCAAGACCUUCCUCCGCCAUUACGCUUCAAUUAUACAGGUGAUGCAGCGAGCAAGACUCCGCCCCGGCUGAUGGCCCGGAUGGAACUUGACAUCAGCAUCAGGCGACCCCUGAUGCACCUAUAUUCGCGCUGCAUUCUUUCACCCGACAUGGGCGAGCUGGAGCGAGAGGUGAGAGCCGGCUAUCUCCAAAGCUGCCUGAUGCUCGCAAACUACCAAGACCUUUUCGACCCGCAAUACUCGGAGCUCAACGUACCUAGGCCGCAAGGAUACUGGGACUUCUUCUACACUUGCUACAGACAGGAACUGGGCCAGGCGAUCCUGGGGAUCUGUCUCGAGAUCAAGAAGCUCGACCCCGCCGCCGAGGCAAACGCUGGUGCGGCCCGCACCACCCAGCCAGCAAUGUCGCCGGAUGGCGCAAACGACAACAGCGUCGUCAGAGCGCCCUCAUAUACGCAAAGCAGUCUGAUAUAUGCAGCCAAGGACACGUUGGAGCCGAUGACCCGUCGGCUGCCAUACCGCGGCUCCAAAGUCAAAGACAUUGUCUACUACAACAUCAUCCUAACAUCGCUGUUGCCACAACGUCCUGGCCAGAGCAGGGAAGCGAUGAUCCUGGAAAGACUCCAGGAGCUAGUACGUGAGUGUCAAGCCGAGCUGGAACGAGCGCACGUCCAGAUCAUUGCGGCUCCGGCAGACGAGCACGGCGCAGAGCCUACUGUUGAUUACACUUCCUACGUGGGGACCAGCUUCGAUCCCGUGUGGGAGAGUUUCCCAAAGAUCGACAUUUUUGAGCGCUUUGAUCUAGACGAGCUGUGAGACGUUGCUGAUACUUUGAAAUAUGAUUCCACCCCCUCCCCAAUCAUUCUCUGCCAAUUUGGGGGCGAACCCCCAACCCUCUAUAGCGUGC